CCUGCUCUCGGCGCUCCGGCGCGGAGUCAAGUGUGGGAGGCGCUGCUCUCCCCGGUUCUGUCGCCGUUCCUGCGGCUGCAUAUCCGGGCCUGCAGACAUGUCGGGGUUCAGCCCCGAGCUCAUCGACUACCUGGAGGGGAAGAUCUCCUUCGAGGAGUUCGAAAGGCGGAGAGAAGAGAGAAAAACUCGCGAGAAGAAAAGUCUUCAGGAGAGAGGAAAGUUAUCAGCAGAAGAAAAUCCAAAUGACCUUGAAGUUCCGUCAUCCUCGGGAAUUGACUCUUCAAAAUCCCGGGAAGAAGAUGUCAAUGAAGGAGAAACGUCGGAUGGAGUCAGUAAGUCCGUUCACAAAGUCUUUGCUUCCAUGCUUGGAGAGAAUGAAGAUGAUGAGGAAGAAGAGGAGGAAGAAGAAGAGGAGGAGGAGGAGGAGGAGGAAGAAACACCUGAGCCACCCACUGCAGGCGAUGUGUUUGUCCUGGAGAUGGUUCUCAAUCGUGAAACCAAGAAGAUGAUGAAAGAGAAAAGGCCUCGGAGUAAACUUCCCAGAGCUCUGAGAGGUCUCAUGGGUGAAGCCAACAUUCGCUUUGCUCGAGGAGAACGUGAAGAGGCAAUAUUGAUGUGCAUGGAAAUCAUAAGACAAGCUCCUCUUGCUUAUGAGCCAUUUUCUACGCUUGCCAUGAUAUAUGAGGACCAAGGUGACAUGGAGAAAUCACUGCAGUUUGAGUUGAUUGCUGCACAUUUAAAUCCCAGUGACACUGAAGAAUGGGUUAGAUUGGCAGAAAUGUCUCUGGAACAAGACAACAUUAAGCAGGCUAUUUUUUGCUACACAAAAGCUCUUAAAUAUGAACCUACUAAUGUCCGUUAUCUGUGGGAGCGAUCAAGCCUUUAUGAACAGAUGGGAGAUCAUAAGAUGGCAAUGGAUGGUUAUAGGCGUAUUUUAAACCUCUUGUCUCCGUCUGAUGGAGAACGAUUUAUGCAAUUGACUAGAGAUAUGGCUAAGAGUUACUAUGAAGCCAAUGAUGUUACUUCAGCUAUUAACAUAAUUGAAGAAGCUUUCUCGAAACACCAAGGCCUAGUCUCUAUGGAAGAUGUUAACAUAGCAGCUGAACUACACAUUUCUAACAAACAAUAUGACAAAGCUUUGGAGGUAAUUACGGAUUUUUCUGGAAUCGUGCUAGAAAAAAAAACUACAGAAGAAGGCACUCCAGAAGAGAAUAAAGCAGGUGAGAAUGUUACCUGCACUAUACCUGAUGGUGUGCCAAUAGAUAUCAUGGUGAAGUUGAUGGUCUGCCUCGUACAUCUCAACAUCCUCGAACCACUAAAUCCUCUCUUGACAACACUAGUGGAACAGAAUCCUGAAGAUAUGGGAGACCUCUAUCUAGAUGUUGCUGAAGCGUUUCUGGAUGUUGGUGAAUAUAAUUCUGCACUUCCCCUCCUUAGUGCGCUGGUCUGCUCGGAAAGAUACAACCUCGCAGUAGUUUGGCUUCGGCAUGCAGAAUGUUUAAAGGCCUUAGGCUAUAUGGAGCGUGCUGCCGAGAGCUAUGGCAAAGUGGUUGAUCUGGCUCCCCUCCAUCUGGAUGCAAGGAUUUCACUUUCCACCCUUCAGCAGCAGCUGGGCCGUCCUGAGAAAGCUCUGGAAGCUCUGGAACCAAUGUAUGAUCCAGAUACUUUAGCACAAGAUGCAAAUGCUGCACAGCAGGAGCUGAAGUUACUGCUGCAUCGUUCUACUCUGUUGUUUUCACAAGGCAAAAUGUAUGGUUACGUGGAUGCCCUACUUACCAUGUUAGCCAUGCUUUUAAAGGUAGCAAUGAAUAGAGCCCAAGUCUGUUUGAUAUCCAGCUCCAAAUCUGGAGAGAGGCAUCUCUACCUUAUUAAAGUGUCAAGAGACAAAAUAUCAGACAGCAGUGACCAAGAGACAGCAAAUUAUGAUGCAAAAGCAAUAUUUGCUGUACUCACGAGUGUCUUGACAAAAGAUGACUGGUGGAACCUUCUGUUGAAGGCUGUAUACUCCUUAUGUGACCAAUCCCGAUUUCAAGAGGCUGAAUUACUUGUGGAAUCUUCAUUGGAAUAUUAUUCAUUUUAUGAUGACAGGCAAAAACGAAAAGAACUAGAAUACUUUGGUCUCUCUGCUGCAAUUCUGGACAAAAAUUUCAGAAAGGCAUACAAUUAUAUCAGGAUAAUGGUAAUGGAAAAUGUCAAUAAACCCCAGCUCUGGAACAUUUUCAACCAAGUUACCAUGCACUCCCAAGAUGUACGGCAUCAUCGCUUUUGUCUCCGUUUAAUGCUGAAAAACCCAGAUAAUCAUGCCCUGUGUGUGUUAAAUGGACAUAAUGCAUUCGUAUCUGGUAGUUUUAAGCACGCGCUUGGACAGUAUGUGCAAGCCUUUCGCACCCAUCCCCAUGAACCUCUCUAUAGCCUCUGUAUAGGCCUGACCUUUAUUCACAUGGCAUCUCAGAAGUAUGUGUUAAAGAGACAUGCUCUUAUUGUGCAGGGCUUUUCCUUUCUUAAUCGAUACCUCAGUCUACGUGGGCCUUGCCAGGAAUCAUUCUACAAUUUGGGCCGCGGCCUCCACCAGCUGGGGCUGAUUCAUCUCGCAAUCCACUAUUAUCAGAAGGCCCUGGAGCUCCCUCCACUUGUGGUAGAGGGUAUAGAAGUUGACCAGUUAGACUUACGAAGAGAUAUUGCCUACAAUUUGUCUCUCAUUUAUCAGAGCAGUGGCAAUAUUGGAAUGGCUCAAAAGCUUUUGUAUACCUAUUGUUCUGUAUGAAGCACCUCAACUGAGAAAGGGGCAUUGGGCAGCUGCUGUGCGUGGACCAGUAUUUUCUGUCUCAGGGCUUAUUAUUAACCCCAAAAUGAAAAUGGUAAUUUCACAGUUAUCUAACAUGUAUUUCAUUUUUAAUAUGUGAUAAUGAUCUUUUGGUAGAUAUGCAAAAUUGUCAUUCCUACAAGAAUUUGUAUAUUGCUCUGUCAUUUUCCUUUUAGCAUUUUUUAGUUAAAUUGUCCUCAAAGUGGAAAUGAACAAUCUUAGCCUUUAAGCCAGCUUGGAGUUGAAUACACUAAUUUUUUACUCACAUCAUUUGUUCAUCCAUGCAUGUAAUACUAUAUAUUAACACCUACAAUGUACCAGGCACUGUGAUUGGUGCUUGGAAUGUAGUAGUAAGACAGAUGGGACCUUUUAAUACAAUUCUUUAAAUACAGAACUCGAGUAUAUAUUUAUUUGAAAGAAACGUUUGCUACGUUUCUGCAUACACCAUCAUUCUUGUAAGUCAUCCAUUUCUUAGUGCGCUGUUACUAUUGCAUGGGCAGUUUUUCAAAUACAUAGAAAAGGAGGUUGCUUAUUAAAGGAAAGAUAAAUUUCACCAGCUCUUUCUGAUGUCAACACAAUUAUUUAAUUCACUUAGCUCCUAACAAAAUUAUUUAAAAUGGUUAUGUGGUGGGAAGACAAAUAAUGGAGUUAAUCUUUUACUUUUCACCUGCAUGUAUCUUAGCUACAUUGAGUGAGACCUGGGAGACUGGGCUCAAUUCAAAACAUCCUGCUCUCAGGCAAAUAAAAAAAUGCAUUACCAAUGUUUGUGGCUUUCAGACAAAAAAGUAGAAAAGAGAGGACCAUGUUCAAUAACCUGACCUGGUUUCCAUUUCAAGAUCACCAGGGAUGUAGGCAGAUUGGGGAAUGCUAUAUUUGGAAUAAAGUAUUGCUGAUAAUGUAAAAAAAUAGAUAAAAAGCUUUACUUGUCUCAAAUAUUAUAUGUUCUUGAAUUUAUGAUAACAAUACUUGUUAGAUAUACUACUGGUUUAAUAACGACUUUUUAGAGUUUCUUUUUAGGGGAAAAUAAAUGCUGUAAUAAAUGUGCAUAUGGAUUGUAAGACCCAGUGCAGUUGUGGGAGGGAAACAAAUAUGAGACUUAGGAUCAAAGAAAUACCGUGGGGGCUUUUUAGGAAUUCUUAACACUGUUUACACUGUAUACAUAACUUUGUAGUUGAAAAGCAGAAUUUGUAUGUAAUAAGUAAAUGUCGUGCACUCUGUAUGUAUGUGUGUAUAUAUGUAUGUAUAUAAUUUAAAUAAAUUUUAUUUUUAUAAUUAAA